AUGGCUAUGCUCGAUGAGAUACACCCUGACCCCCCCAAGCACCAGAAUGAUCACAAUAAUUACAUUCUUGGGUCUAUUGGCUCUCAUAAUAUUGUCAUAGCCUGCUUGCCUCUGGGUAAGAUUGGAACCAACCCAGCAGCCACCGUUGCAGCAAGAAUGAUGAGCACUUUUCCGGCUAUCAAGGUUGGCCACAUGGUCGGCAUAGGAGGCGGUAUACCAUCCUCAGGUGUCAGAUUGGGCGACGUCGUGGUUGGAACCCCUGAUGGCAUCUACCCUGGUGUAGUUCAAUGGGAUUCGGGGAAGGCGGAGACCGAAGGCUUCAAGAGAACCGGUGCAUUGAACAAUCCGCCAACCGUUCUCUCAACCGCUGCGACACGAUUGUACACAAAGCAUGAGAUGCAAGGCUCCAAGAUACCUCAGUAUCUCGAUGAUCUCAAGCGGAAUUGGCCGAAAUUGGCGUCCAGAUAUUAUUGGUCGGCGAGCUUCACUGACCCCCUAGUGCCUGAUGGACGACCUGGCAAGCCCGAAGAUCUGAGGGUGCAUUAUGGGCUCAUUGCUUCUGGCAAUCAAGUCAUCAGAGAUGAGAAGUUUCGUGACCGCCUUAACCAACAGCUUGGCGGAAGGCUCCUGUGUGUGGAAAUGGAGGCUGCAGGGUUGAUGAACGAUUUCCCCUGCCUUGUCAUUCGGGGUAUAUGCGACUAUGCAGACUCUGAAAAGAGUAAAGAAUGGCAGGAAUAUGCUGCAGCUGUGGCCGCAGCUUAUGCACGGGAGCUUCUAGAGACUCUACAGCCCGGCGAAGUGAUCAGAGAACGUUUUAUGGAAGACAUACUGAACCAGAUCGGCGAAAGUGCAUCCAAACUCGAGGCAAAGAUGGAUAGAGAGCAGAACAGCAAGAGCCUCAAUUGGCUUACUUCUGUUGACUACAGUCCUCAGUAUAACAACUUCUUGACAAGGGUCCAAAGCGGGACCGGCCAGUGGUUAGUACAAUCUCCAGAGUAUCAAGCUUGGCUUGGGUCUUCCGGGAAGACUCUGUUCUGCUCAGGGAUUCCUGGCGCAGGAAAAACAAUGCUUGCCACAAUCAUCAUCAGCGACAUCCUUGAGAGGUUCAGACAUGACACUUCGGUCGGUAUAGCCUUCAUCUAUGGCGACUUUCAACGGAUAGCACAGCAAACACCUGUAGAGCUCCUCUCAAGCCUGCUUGAACAACUAGGAAAUGGCGGAUUUGGGUUGAAAACCAUCCAAGACCUCCAUGAUCGACACGAAUACAGGAGAACACGGCCAGAGCACGACGAAAUCCACAGACUUCUCCAUUCAGUAGCAAAACACCAUGCGAAAGUGUUCAUUAUCGUUGAUGCUCUGGAUGAAUUACAAGUCUCUGAUGGCAGCCUCGCCGUCUUCUUAGAUGACCUUUUCAGCCUUCAACAAAUGGACAAUGUCUUUCUCUUUGCAACUUCAAGAAAUAAGCCGUCCAUAACGAGAAGGUUCGACAAUGGCCUCCGUCUUGAGAUUCAAGCUAGGAAGGAGGAUGUGGAGAAAUAUCUUGACGGCCGGAUGGAGAAACUACUCCCCUGGGCUCAUGAGGAUAAGGAGAUGGGGAAGCUAGUCAAGAACAAGAUCGUCCAAUCGACACAGGGAAUGUUUCUGCUUGCUCAGCUUCACUUGAAUGCGCUUGUUGGAAAGACGACUCUGAAAGGCAUUAAAACCUAUCUCAACAGUCUGCCAACUGGCUCCGGCCCUCAAGUCUAUCAGCACGUGUACGAUGAUGCUAUGAGGCGGAUUUCUGAUCAGCCGAGCGAGCGGGAAAAGCUCGCCAUAGAAGUCCUGUCGUGGCUCACCCUCGCCCAAAGGCCGAUGACAACAACAGAGAUUCAACUCUUCCUAGCCGUUGAACACAACCAGACUCAUAUUGACCCCGAAAAUCUGCCGGGAUCUGAUGAUAUGGUGGCUGUAUGCGCUGGAUUGGUCACAGUCGACGCUGAAAGCGACGCCAUUCGGCUAGUUCAUUAUACAGCUCAGGAAUAUUUCGAGACGAGGCUCGAUUGGAUUGCCACUGCGGAGGCAUAUAUCACGAAGGUUUGCCUGGCAUACCUGUCCUUGGAUUACUUCGAGGACGAGUUCUGGGACAAACGGGACAGCGAGCUUGUGUCAUGGUGGCGGCAGAAGUAUUGGGGUGGCUACAAGGACGAAGCCAAAGAUUUUGAGCACGACCUAACCCCACCCAGGAAUGGCCUCAAGCCAGCGGGCAAAGUCAUGGAAGCUUAUGAGUACGCCUCGAAAUUCUGGGGUCAUCAUGCUUACAGAGCUAGUGAAGUUGACCAAGACGUCCUUCUUUUCCUUGAGAAGCAGAGUGAAGUAAAGGCAUCAUGGCGUCUGCUGCACAACCAUGGAUUAUUCACUCCUGCCUUUAUUUACGGCGAGGAGGACGUCGGAAUACUGGCGGCUACCUACUUUGGACUGGAUCGUAUACUCAAUCUACUCCUCAGAGACUUGAGCAAUGGUGAUACACCAGCUAUCAGUCACGCUACACCUUUAGCCUUCGCUACUUAUCAUGGCCAUGAGAAAGCUGCCCUGGUUCUCAUUGAAAACGGCGCCGGCGUCAACGGAAUGUCAUUCGGUCAACCGGUGCUGGUUUACGCUGUCCAAGGUGGUCACAUGGAAGUUAUAGUGCUACUUCUUAACAACGGCGCUGACGUUGAUGCGGAGACUCCAAGCGGUCGCACACCGCUGACCUUUGCCGUGGAGCAAGGCGACAAAGAAAUCGUUCAGGUACUGUUGGAACAUAGUGCUAAGCUCAACUACAGUGAUAAGGGAGGUCGUUACCCGAUGUAUUGGACCGACAAUCGAGACAUGAUAGAUUUUCUUUUCAAGAAGGGAGCUUGUGGUGUCUCCUUUUUCAAAACGAAGUCACGCAACAUCUGCGAUCAGUUUUCUAUGUGA